GUGUAGUAGGGCCGGGUGGGGCGUCUGCGCAUGCCCAGGAGGACGGAGCGGCCUCCGCAGCGGGCUAGAGGGUGUCCCCAGCUAGCGCCCGGCGAAACGGAAGAGAAGAAAUCCUCGCGUCCGGCAGCCCCGCGGCCCCCGGGACCAGAUGAUGCCCGCGGCCCUGGGCCCCCCGGUUCCGGCUCCUCGGGAGCAGGGUGGGCCCCCCGUGAGGAAGCUGGAGGAGGAAGAGGAGGAGAACUUACCAUGGGGGCGAGGGUCCAGCCUGCGAGGGCAACCUCCGGACAGCGAGCUGUCCUGCCAGGGCUUCAAGCACUUCCGCUACCAGGAGGCGGGCGGGCCCCGGGAGGCCCUGGGCCGGCUCCGGGAGCUGUGCCGUCGGUGGCUGCGGCCGGACCGGCACACCAAGGAGCAGAUCCUGGAGCUGCUGGUGCUGGAGCAGUUCCUCACCGUCCUGCCCGCCGACAUCCAGGCCUGGGCCCGGGGGAGGCGGCCGGAGAGCGGCGAGGAGGCCGUGGCCCUGGUGGAGGGGCUGCAGCGGGGACCCAGGAGACUGAUGCGAUGGGUCACGGUCCAGGUUCAGGGCCAGGAAGUUCUUCUGGAGAAGAUGGAAACUUCCAGCUUCGCCCCGGAGCAAGUGGAGCCCCCGCCCGCGGGGUUGCCCCAGGAGGUCGGGGGUCGGGGUCCCCCCCCGGGCCCCGAAGGCCAGCCGAGCUGCAGCAUUAAAGAGGAGCCCGACGUCCUGCAGGAGAACGCUCUGUUGGCAGCCCGGCUUCCCACGACCCCCGAGGAAGUAAGAGGGGACGACCAGGAGCUGGCAGCCGGACUCCUCCCAGCCGGGUCACAGGUGGUGCGGACGUUCGAAGACCUGGCCGUGCGUUUCUCCCAGGAGAGAUGGGAGCAGCCGGAUCCGGCACAGAGGGAACUCUACCGGGACAUCGGGCGGGAGAAUUACGGGAACGAGGGGGCUCUGGGCGACAGAUUCCCUAAGGAGGCUCUCGAGAGGGGAGUCCAGGAGUUUCCGGAGAUCCAGCCCCGCCAGGCCCCGGGGGAGGCGGCCCCCCGGCCGGCCGGCGACCGAGCCCGGCGAGGGAGGAGAGGGGGCCCGGUGGCUCCCCGGGCGGAGCCCCGGGGCGGGGGACGGUGGAGCGAGGCGUGGGGCGAGGGCGAGGCGGCCUUCCGCCAACGGGUCCGCCUCGUCGGCCGCCCCGAGGAGCCCCCGGGAGCCGGCCCCCACCAGUGCGGCGAGUGCGGGAAGAGCUUCGGCCAGAGGUCCAAGCUGGUCCUCCACCAGCGGGUCCACACCGGGGAGAAGCCCUACGAGUGCCCCAGCUGCAGGAAGUGCUUCAGCCGCAGCUCGUGCCUGGCCGUCCACCAGCGGGUCCACACGGGCGAGAAGCCCUACAAAUGCGCACUCUGCGGGAAGGGCUUCAGCCGCAGCUCCAACCUCUACUCGCACCAGCGGACCCACACGGGGGAGAAGCCCUACAAGUGCGCCGAGUGCGAGAAGCGCUUCAGCCACCACUCGGCCCUCUAUCACCACCGACGCAUCCACACGGGGGAGAAGCCCUACCAGUGCCCCAGCUGCGGGAAGGGCUUCAGCAAGAAUUCCGACCUCUUCACCCACCAGAGGACUCACACCGGGGAGAAGCCCUAUAAGUGCCCCAGCUGCGGGAAGGGGUUCAGUAAGAACUCGGACCUGUACGUCCACCAGAGGGUCCACACGGGGGAGAGGCCUUACAAAUGCCCCAGCUGCGGGAAGGGCUUCAGCAAGAGCUCCAACCUCUACGCCCACCAGAGGGUCCACACGGGCGAGAAGCCCUAUAAGUGCCCCAGCUGCGGCAAGGGCUUCAGUAAGAGCGUUCACCAAAGAGCCCACGUAGGGAAGAAGUCGUGUAAGUGUUCGGACUACGUAGAACUCUGCGGGAAAGGCUUCCGGUGGAGCUCCCACCUGUACAUCCACCAGAUCACCCACACGGGCGAGAAGCCGUUCACCUGCCCGAGCUGCGGCCAGGGGUUCAGCCGCUGCUCGAGCCUCCAGAGGCACCAGCACGUCCACACGGGGGAGAAGCCUUACGAGUGCCCCAGGUGCGGGAAGAGCUUCAGCCGCAACUCCAACCUCGACAGGCACCAGAGGAUCCACACCGGCGAGAAACCCUACCGCUGCCCGAGCUGCGGGAAGGGCUUCGGGGACAGCGCCAAUCUCUACAGGCACCAGCGCGUGCACUCGGGAGAAAAGCCCUACCGGUGCCCCACGUGCGGGAAGGGCUUCACCAAGAGUUCGCUCCAGAGGAUUCACACGGGGAAGAAGUCCUGCGGACGUCCCCAGUGACCCCCGCCCGUCGCCUCCCCCCCUUCCUCGGAGGGAUUGCUGCCUUGACUCAUCCGCCCCCCCCCCCUUCCUUCGGGACCGCGGACCGGGUGGAGGGAAAACGCGGCCCCGAGAGCCCGCCUCGCAGACCGGCCUCCGCCAUUUCCCCCUUCCCUGCCGACUCCCGCUCACCCAGACGGAGACGGGGACGUCUCUCGAGCGGGAGGCGAGUGGCCCGGCUCCGCCGAACGCAGAGGUCCCCGCCGAGCCGUUCCGGGGGGGGACGAGGGGGAAGAGGACGGACGCGACCCUUCUCUGCCCCCCAGGCGGGAUCGUACCAGCUCUGCAGAGGAGCUCGUCGACUGAACAAACCGCCGUUGGGUGACCCGGCUUUUGCCUCCUGUACUUCAUCCCCGGCCUGGCGGCGAUCUGAACGAACUGCGAGCAGAAGGGUCUACUGAGGCCCGGGGGGACUUAGUGGAGAGAGUGCCUGGGAGUCAGAGGACCUGGGUUCUAAUCCUGACUCCGCCCCUUGCCCGCUGUGGG